AUGGGGAUAGUUGUUGAUCGGGACAUCAACGCACAAGAAACUUGCCAUAUGUUGCAAAAGCUACCAUUGAUCAGUUGUUUUUGUCAUUUUGUCUCCCUUAAUGUUAGCAGGAAAGUCCUCCACCGUAUUACUAAUCAAAAUGACAAUGCUGAGCUCUGCAAAUCUUAUAUUUCUGCUUACAUGGAAAGGCCUAUUGAAUUGGAAAAAGUCUCACUAAUACAAUCACCACAACAAUUUUCAUACAAUGGCCAACGUAAAAAGCAUAAAUGGCAAAAACUACAAAAACAAGCAAUUGUCAAUGUUUACCCACAAUUUAAAAUCUCUCCAAAUGAGGAUGAUGACAACUUUGACGCCUAUUGUUGGAGUGAGUUGCUCUUGUACAAACCCUUUCAUCAUAUUCCUAUAGAUAUAGGUACAUCAACAGACCAAAUCAUUGCAAAUUCGAAGCUAUUGUACAUGGAUGGUUACUCACGUUGGCAUAUUUAUGGAAUAGAACAAGAAUGCACAACAGAGAAUGAUGAAGACCCUAAUACUAAUGAUUUUUUACAUUCACACAAUGAAGACCAGUAUGAAUGGGAGUACCUUUCACAAAUGGCCUCUUCUAACAACAUCACCAUCAAUGAUCUCCAAAUGUUAGGCAAACAAGAUUACGAUAUUAACUUUGAUUGGGCCGAACCUCAUCCCACUAAUCCACUUCAUCUUACUGUUGUUCACUUUAUUUCCACAAAUAAAAUAAAUUGCCAACCUCCCCUUCUCCAACCACCUUCUUCUGUCGCUGAUGCAUUCCCUUUGGCAGCAAAACAAAAACUUGCACUUGACCUUAUUCUUGCGCAUUACACAUCUCACCAAACCAUCCCGCCUCUUCGUAUGAUUAUACAAGGCACUGCAGGCACUGGCAAAUCAUAUUUGAUACAAUGCACUAGAAAAGAACUUAACCUUUCCACUACUCAAGAGCACAAUCCUUUGCUUGUACUUUCCUCGACCGACGUAUCUGCAUAUAAUAUCCAAGCAACAACAAUCCAUGCUGCCUUGCGCAUCCCUCUUAGAGAUAUGCAGCCUUUGACAGGCCAAUCUUUAAUGUUCUUCCAAGAACAAUACAAACAAUUACAAUAUAUUCUAAUUGAUGAGAUGAACUUUUUGGGUCCUAAAUUGCUUUUAAAAAUUGAUAGCACAUUACGUCAAGCAUUCCCUCACCAACAACAUGAACCCUUUGGAGGUAUCUUACUAAUCCUUGUAGGUGACCUUGUCCAGCUACCUCCUGUCAUGGACAAGCCUUUGUAUGCAUCACAUUCUAUAGCCCUAGCAUUAUGGCACUCUUUCCAAAUUGUGGUAACCUUGGAUACAAGUUUCCAACAACAAGGCACCUCAAAUAUACAACAACAAUUUUGUGCAAUCUUGCAGAACAUUAGAAAUGUCAGUGCACUCCAAACAGAUUGGGAAGCUCUUAUGUCUCGAUCCUCCACUAAACUAGUUGUUGAUGAUAACAAAUAG